UGAAAAGAUUUACUAGCCAAUAAAUUAUAUCUUAAACCAGAAUCUGAUAUUGAUUAAACUGUUAGUUAAACAACUCGGCGUGUUUGGUGUCAGAAUAGUGGCGCGCCUAACCCUGCUAGCUGGUGACAUGGAGUCCAGUGGGGACAGGGACAGGUUCGGGGGACAGAGUGUAGGAGCAGGCUCCUUGGUGGCAGAGGAGAACUACUUUCUAGGUUACACCUUUACAGACCGCUCCCACUCCAGCCGCGUGGUGCAGAGCAUCAUGGACCUAUGUCUGCAGGACGGCCUGUUUGCUGACGUGACGGUGAAGGUGGAGGGGAGGGAUUUUAACCUGCACCGCCUGGUACUGUCAGCCCAGAGCAGCUUCUUUAGAUCCAUGUUCACAUCCAACCUGAGAGAGGCUCACACACGUAGCAUCCAACUGAAGGACGUCAGCGCAUCAGUCUUCCAGCUGCUGGUUGACUACAUCUACCACGGGACAGUGAAGCUGACAGUGGAGGAGCUGCAGGACACCUAUGAGAUGGCUGACAUGUACCAGCUGACUGCUCUGUUUGAAGAAUGCUCCCGCUUCCUGUCACGCACCGUAGAUGUCAAGAAUUGCCUACAGGUGAUGUGGCUGGCAGACAGGCACAGUGACCAGGAGUUGUAUACUGCAGCCAAACAUUGUGCUAAGAUCCACCUGGUCCAACUUCACCAGACUGAUGAGUUCCUCAACCUGCCACUCUGUCUCCUCAUGGACAUUAUCAAAGACGGUGUUCCAGCCUCUCAGAACCCCACGGUCGCCAUCCAAUCCUGGAUCAACCACAACAAGGUGGAGAGAGAAGAGUUCUCCACUGUUCUCCAGGAGAACCUCAAGGAGAUCGGUGAGAUGGUGCACAUCUACCUGAUAGGUAAGGAGGAGACGAGGACCCACUCCCUGGCCAUUUCCCUGCACUGUGACGAGGACGAUGCCAUCAGCGUCAGCGGCCAGAACAGCCUGUGUCACCAGAUCACAGCAGCCUGUAAACAUGGGCCGGACCUCUACGUGGUCGGGGGGUCCAUCCCUCGCCGCAUGUGGAAGUGUAACAUGCAGACCAUGGACUGGGAGCGCUGUGCCCCGCUGCCCCGAGAUCGUCUCAGCCACACCAUGGUCUCAGUCUCACUCCAGGAUGCCGUCUAUAGUCUGGGAGGUAAGACGCUCCAGGACACACUGUCCAACGCCGUGAUUUACUACACGGUGAAGGACAACGUGUGGACAGAGACUAGCCAGCUGGAUACGGCGGUGUCCGGGGCAGCGGGGGUUAACCUGGGAGGAACCAUCUACAUACUGGGGGGGGAAGAGAACGACAUGGACUUCUUCACCAAGCCGUCACGACUCAUCCAGUGCUUCGACACGAAGACUCAGAAGUGCCAAUUGAAGCCUUACGUUCUGCCGUUGGCGGGAGUGAUGCACGCCGCCGCCCACAUGGAUCUACUGUUCAUCGUAGCAGAGGGGGACUCCCUGGUGUGUUACAACCCGCUGUUGGAGAGCUUCACCAGGCUACGCUUCCCCGAGGUGUGGAGCUGUGUGCCGUCCUUCUGGAAGGUGGCCAGCUGUAACGGCUCCGUCUACGUGUUCAGAGAGAGGUGUACAAAAGGAGACGCUCACACGUUGAAGUUUAACCCCGCUACGUCAGCCGUGACUGUUAUCAAGGGGAUUAAGAUACUGCUGACCAACUGGCAGUUUGUACUGGCCUAAAGUUUAAAGUCACUACGGUGAGGGCAUGAGGUAUUUGAGAAUAGAAUGGAAAAUAGAAUGGAAAAUAUUCAGAUCCUUUUCACUUUGACCGUUAAAGUCUUAUUCUCUCAAUCUACACACCAAACCCCAUAAUGACAAAGCAAAAGCAGGUUUUUAAUUUGAGCAAAUUUAUAGACCCCCCCCCCCAGAAAUGUCUUAUUUAUAUAAGAACCUUUG